UCCGGGCCAAGCGACGUGCGCUCUCCGGAAGUGGCGUCAUAGCGCGCGCGUGGCGUGGUGCGGCUUCCGCAAACAAGAGUCGCGGAUGGCUGGAAGUGUCAGUUCAUGAAGUUUGAUCGUCAUUUAAGUAAUCAAAAAUGGAAAAUUCUGCAAAAGCAGAAGAACAUGAAAAAAUCCUUCUUAAAGAAGUAAAAACAUCAUUAGAUUCAGAAACAGAGUCAUCAUUCAUUAUUAAUGAAAAUACAACCUCUCCUGGGACUGAUCUUUCUGCAAAGGCUCCUACUUGUGGGCAAGUAAACACACCAAAAAAGAGAAAAAUGGAGUUUGAGGAUGAUCUUGUAAAGGAAAGUUCUAGUUGUGGGGAAGACACUCCACCCAAGAAAAGAAAACUUGAUGUUGAAAUUGCCCCAGAGGAAAAAGGUUCUGGUGAUGAUGAAGGCAUUUCAAGAAGAAGAAUAGAAACUGAUGGUUUUCCAAAAGAUGAACCUACUGGAGAUGGCACUCAGAAAAGGAGAAAAAUAGAACUUGAAGAUGUUCCUGAAAAGCAAAAGAACUUGGAAGAAGGACACAGCUCAGCAGUGGCUGCUCACUACAAUGAACUCCAGGAAGUUGGUUUGGAGAAGCGUAGCCAAAGUAGAAUUUUUUACCUAAGAAAUUUUAAUAAUUGGAUGAAAAGUGUCCUCAUUGGGGAAUUUUUAGAAAAGGUGAGACAGAAAAAGAAACGUGACAUCACUGUUUUGGACCUAGGAUGUGGUAAAGGUGGAGAUUUGCUCAAGUGGAAAAAAGGAAGAAUUGACAAGCUAGUUUGUACUGAUAUCGCUGAUGUUUCUGUCAGACAGUGUCAGCAGCGGUAUGAGGACAUGAAAAAUCGUUGUCGUGAUAAUGAGUAUAUUUUCAGUGCAGAAUUUAUAACUGCUGAUUGUUCAAAGGAACUCCUGACUGAUAAGUUUCGUGACCGAGAAAUGUGCUUUGACAUCUGCAGUUGUCAGUUUGUCUGUCAUUACUCAUUCGAGUCCUAUGAGCAGGCUGAUGUCAUGCUCAGAAAUGCGUGUGAGAGACUGAGCCCUGGAGGCUAUUUUAUUGGUACCACUCCCAAUAGCUUUGAAUUGAUAAGACGCCUUGAAGCUUCAGAAACAGAAUCAUUUGGAAAUGAAAUAUAUACUGUGAAAUUUCAGAAGAAAGGAGAUUAUCCUUUAUUUGGCUGCAAAUAUGACUUCAACUUGGAAGGUGUUGUGGAUGUCCCUGAAUUCUUGGUCUAUUUUCCAUUGCUAAAUGAAAUGGCGAAGAAGUACAAUAUGAAAUUAGUCUACAAAAAAACAUUUCUGGAAUUCUAUGAGGAAAAGAUUAAGAACAAUGAAAAUAAAAUGCUGUUAAAACGAAUGCAGGCCCUGGAGCCAUAUCCUGCAAACGAGAAUUCCAGACUUGCCUCUGAGAAGGUGGGUGACUAUGAACAUGCCGUGAAGUACAUGAAGAACGGUCAAGUGAAGCUACCUUUGGGGACCUUAAGUAAAUCAGAAUGGGAAGCUACAAGUAUUUACUUGGUUUUUGCAUUUGAGAAGCAGCAGUGAGCACAUCACACGUGCAGUGGCACCAAAACAACUGUGUUCUGUCUUAUACAGAUUUGAACGGUCUACCUUCCAUAGAUCUGACACCCUUGUUAAAUGUAACUAUUCUCAGUGGGCAGGAUGCUGCUGGAAACGUCAGUGUAUAAAUGGAACUUUUGCUGUCUGUGACAGAUGAACUUUGUGUGUGUAUAUAAGAAUGAGAUGGGACCUUUGUCUUUAAAAAUCUAUUUUUAAGUAACGUUCUAAGAAUUCCAUUUGCUUCCACUCUCGUAGCUCAUAAAAAUUAUAAAAUGACGUGUUAAAGCCUGAGUUCUUUCA